ACUCCUUGAAUCCCGCAGCAGGUGCAGCCGCGCUCAGAACAACAACAACAAUAAUAGAACCGGGAUCAGAAACUAACGGGACCCCGAAGUUUCCAGAGACCCAGAGAUGCACCGACUCCUGCUCGUGUUUCUGUCCGCUGCAGGGGCGUCUGUCCUCGGCCUCCCUCUGGAUGAUGCGUCCCCCCCCUCUGGUCCUUGCCUCGCCCCGCUGCAGUGGGAGGGCCGCUGGGUGAUGUACGACCACAGCACCGGGAGGAACAGCCGGGCCACGGUGUCCUACGACGGCCAGAAGCAGAGGAUCCGAGUCCUGCAGCAGAACAAGAAGCACACACCCUGCCAGAGGUUCUUUGAGUACAUCUUCUUGUACCAGAGCAUGGUGAUGUUCCAGAUUGACCAGAAGACGAAGGACUGCUCAAAGAUCACUCUGACCGACGCCUGGGAUCCCUUCGACAUCCCCGACAACUCCACCUUCGAGGACCAGUACUUCAUUGGGGGCCCCGGGGACAGCGUGCAGGUCCAGGAGUGGUCGGACAGGAAGCCGGCGCGCCAACAUGAGACCUGGGUGGGCGUGUACACCCUGAAGGACUGCUACCCGGUGCAGGAGACUUACGUCAGGAACAGCAGCGUCACCACCUCCACCCGCUUCUUCAACCUCCAGCUGGGCAUCAGCGACCCCGACAUCUUCACCCCGCCCACCACCUGUCAAUCAGCUCGGCCCGAGAGGAUGUCCGAGUCUGGCUGCUGAGACCUCCCUUCUUACCUCUCAGCUUAGAAAGUUUAAGGGUAGCUUUGGUGUUUUUCAACCAGGUUUUCCAUUACAAUUGCAGCCUACCUGCAGGGUUGAGAGACACUGACGUUACCCUGAAUAGUGUUCUCAUUCCCAGAUCACUCCCUGUACAGAAGGUAAUAGUUUGCCCACAGUGAGCAGUACAUCUUUUAAACUCCUCACACUUUUCCUUGUACACUAACAGGUGUAGUGAUUAAUCUAUGGAUUCUUGCACGUAGCAUUGUUUUUUGGCACAAUUUAUUCUACUGUUUAAAUUAAACCCAUGCGGGGUGAAGGGGGCGACGGUGCAGUAAAGAGGGAGUGGUUUUGGAUGCUUUUUUUUAAUAGUGUUUUAUAGAAUUGUUUGUUCAUUUGUUGCUCAUUUGCUGUUUCUGAUAUCAGAACAAAUGAGCCGUUCAGAACGCAACAUAACACCCGAGCUAUUAGGGUUCUUAAAUGAUUAUCUUCAUACUAAAAAGGGAGCUUUGUGACUGCACUCUAAAGACUGUUUGCUUAUUCAUUUGCAUAUACAGUAACUAACCUUUAAUGAAUAAACAACAAAGAUUUGAAGUGCCUCACAAACAUGGUACAACUUUCAGUUUCUUUGACAUAUUUGUAUUUGUUGACGUUUAAAAGCUGUCUUCCCUGAUUACAAACGACUGAAUGUGCAGCGGUGAGGUAUGGACUCCCUGCCACCACGUCUUGUUUGCUUGUAUGGAUUUUUUCUAUGUGUUAUUAAUAAAGCAGCUGCCUUGAAACUUGA